CAUAACUGCAUGGUAGCAAAGACCUUUAAAUGGGUCGUCGAGUCGUCUGCGUAAAGUGAUGUAAUGUGGUUGCUGGUGUAGCACUUCCAAUUUAUCUCCGUCGUUUGUAUUAGAAGUUCAGUAGAAAUUGGUUGAUUUCGUGAACAGUGACUUUAAGCUGUGUUGUCUCUCACGGGCUGUGAACUGUUAUUUUGAAUGUCAUCCCGAAUGCAUUUUUUUGGUCAUUAGCCUUUUGAUCAGCUGUGUCUUGCUCGUGAAGAGAAAGUCCGUGAAAGUGAAAGUUUGUGCAGUUAACAAAUGCAGUACGAGAACGUCAGUCAGUGAUAAACUGUUGUAGCAUUUAAUAAAUGUCACAAAAUCUACAGGUGCGCGAGCCGGUGCUAUGCCCCGUGUGCGGGGACACGGCGUCGGGGGUGCAUUAUGGCGUGCAGACGUGCGAGAGCUGCAAGGCCUUCUUCAAGCGGAGCGUGCAGCGCGAAUACCAAGGCCAGGCACUGUACACCUGCCGGAAUGGAGGCCAGUGCGUCAUCCUGAAGGAGCGCAAGGCAAGCUGCCCCGCGUGCCGCUAUGCCAAGAGCCUGGCCUGCGGAAUGCGCAAGGAGUCCGUGCGUGUGGACGUGUCCUGGGGCCGCAGGGGACGUGCAAAGCAGGCUGCUUCCGCUCCAGCCAUGGGAACGCUGACCGUCGAGGAGAUUCUGAGGAUUGCCAAGAGCUUUGAUAGUGCGCCGCAGCCCACGCCCGUUGCCAGGGACUCGAACCCGCCACAGCCGAGCUCUCAGGCUGCGUCGGGAAGUUUUGAGUAUGUUUGUGUAAAAGAAGAGAGUCCAGACUUGCCUGUGCCAGAUGAUGGUGAAAUGUGCAACCCACUUCUGAAAGUAGAGAUCUCAGAAGGCAAUGGAGAGGUAAACUGUUCACCUGGUAGCAAGGCUGUUUCAGAAAGCGGCGAGGAAGUGAAUUGGCCGCCAGUGAAAGUGGAAGUGUUGGAAGAUAAUGAAGGAUCGAGCUGGCCACCUGUAGCAGUUGAAGUUUCUGAAAGAAUAAGGGAUUGCCAACAGCACAAUCUGUGCUUGGUGUGCGGAGCCGUGUCCUCAGGGCUGCACUACAGUGUGUCUACCUGUGCGAGCUGUCGGCUGUUCUUCAAGCGGAGUGUGCAACGCGAGUAUCAAGGCCAGUCACCGUACGUGUGCAGGAACGACCAGCGCUGCAUCGUGGUGAAGGAGACCAAGGCGAGUUGCUCCGCGUGUCGCUACGCAAAGUGCCUCGCUUGCGGGUUGCGCAAGGAGGCAGUGAACCCGGAGGUUUCGCGCAACAGGCAGACACGAGGUGUGUUAUCUGUAGAAGAAGCACUUAGCAUAGCCAGAAUGGUGGAGAAGCAGGAAGCGAUUGCUACCAACUCGACUACGCAUCCAGGUGGGACGAACUCAAUUGCAGCACUUCUGACACAUCAGGAACAGACUGACAGUAUGAACGGCAGUGUGAAGACAGAGGCUGUCGACAGGCUAGAGAAUGGUGACACAAGCUGCCCAACUCUGAAAGAUGCUCUCGUUAGAGGAGUAAUGAUGCAGCCGGUGAAUGCAGUGUUGUGCCUCGUGUGCGGGGAUGUGGCCUCAGGGCUGCACUACGGCGUGCAGACGUGCGAGAGCUGCAAGGGGUUCUUCAGGCGCUCCAUCCAGCGCGAGAACCAAGGACAGGGCCUAAACCCAUGCUGGAAUGGCGGCAACUGUGUGGUGACGUGGCAGCGCAAGGCGGGCUGCCAAGCGUGUCGCCUUGCACGGUGCCUGAGCGUCGGCAUGCGCAGGGAUGCUGUGAGGCCGGACCAGGCGCGUGGCGGCAGGCGGCGCGCUCUCACCGCUCCCGACUUCUCCCCAGUACCUUUGAAGAACCUUCUGGGGAACGAAGGUGCUCGGAUUUGCACCGCGCUGCCCCCAGGAGUCGUGAAGGUGGAGGUGGGAGACGAGUCCACGGCACGGCCCUGAUGUCUCCACGGCAACCGUAGCAGGCCACCUACGCUAGUGUAACUGCCACAUCAAGGGAGUCUUGACGUGCUUAGUCCUCGUCAGAAAUAACCAGCGACGCCUUCUGUUGCUCCCUGUACCAAGUUUGGGGUAUGGGACGCUUGGUUAUGAUGAUUGUGUAAUCAGCCUGGAAGAUGAAUUGACCCGAGGGAAAUGGGCAUGGUAUGAGAGGAUCCUGCAGUGGUUCACGAUUGCUUUUCACAGUUUGAGAUGAAGUGACGACACACAGAAGGAUAUUUUCCAAGGGUGGAAAAUCCUUUACCCGGUACCUUUGGAUGACCAGCCAGAACUUGUGUUCACUGAGCUAGCGGGUUCCAACUGUGCAUCACAUUCUGGAUAACUUUAGCCAUUUCGAGACAUUUACUUGAUGUGGCUUCACAGCUGGCAUUUCUUAAAUACUGCUUAAUCAUUAAACUGAUGUUAUAGGGUCUAACACGUUCCUACACAUGCACGUUGAUAGUGUGCGCUGGGCACCUCCCCCUAUCGUAUGGUUACUGGGCACACGGACCCAGUGGAGACUUUUUAACAGGGAGGGUCGUGACAUCGCCCAUGUAUGGACAAGACUCGUACUCAAACUUCCUCAACCCUUACAAACCUGGUCUGCUCUGAGCGGCGGGCACGCUAUUACGAUAAUGAGUGGUGAUCGUAAGUUGGCUAUCCAAGCAUCCCACACACCUUGGUCCCUGUAAAGGUGCACACAUGGUCGAUUGAAUAAAGUACUCGCAGUUUCUGGUAAGAUGGUUUUUAUUUACGCAGUAUUCUACAUGAGAGAUGCGACAACCAAGACUUAACACACAAUGAUACUUUAAAAGUGCCCACAGCAAUUCAAUCUGCUUAGAUGCAAAGCAGAGUGCCAUGUGACCUGGUCUAGAAGUUUAAUUUCGUUGUCUCAUUUCAAAUGUCUGUUAAUUGAUUUAUAUCGUUAGGUAAAGCAGUAUAGUACACAGUGUAGGGCUCAAAGAUAAAGUUAAGUGAAGAUAAUAGUAACAUAGCAAAAACCCUUCAAACUCAUUCCAUUAAAUCACAAGUAUAUGCCAUGUAUAAAUACUGUUUAUACAUCCGUCCCUCAAAGAAACGCUCAGAUACUACUACCAUUAAAAUCAAUUUACAAUUUAUAUAUAUAUAUAUAUAUAUAUAUAUAUAUAAAAAUAGAGAGAGAGAGUUUAAAUACAUUUGAAGUAGUAUAUUUAAAUAGGUAAAUGUUGAGUAAGCUUUUGAGAUUAAACAAUCUAAUAUUAAAUUUAAUAAAUUUACGGACACAUUAUUUACAUAAUAGGGCUUGGGCUAACAUUACUAAGAGGCUCUAACAACAUUUAUGAUAUCAAAAUAAUGAUAUUACUAUAGGAGAUAUAUUUCAAUUUUUAUAAGAUUUUAAAAAUCAUAAACUGAAUAUUUUAUUUUAUUAGAAAGAUUACACAAGCCAUCGAUAAUAAUUUUAGCUAAUUCCAGUGUUAUUCGGUGUGCUGAUACUGAAAAUAAUAAUGAAAAAGUCAUAUUACAAAACAAUUUCUCACAUUUUAAUAUUUUAAGUAAAUAUAAUUUUUUUUUUAAAAAUAGAAAUAAAAAAUAUUUGUAAACAUAGAAAUAUCAAUUUGACAAUGUAUUUCAGUGUCAUAAGGCUACUAACACAAACAAAUGUUAUAAGGUUGAUAGUUCUGAUAAACUACACAGCAGUUCGUUUUCUUCUAGUUAGUACAAACUCAAAUUGCAGUGCUUAACCUUAACGUAUAUUCUUUUUAUUCACUUUUUAAUAUGGCUAAUCGUGGUUGUAAAAACUCUCCUAAUGCUUUUUUUUUAUAUAUGUGAUGACUGUAAUUAAAAAAACAUCAAAGGAACAUUACAGACUUUGUAAAACAGGUAUACUUUGCAUAUUUUGGUGUAGAAAUUGGUUUACUGCCAUGUUAUUAACAGUCUAAUGAAUGAAUUUGGUAUUGAGUAUAAGAAGGAAGAUUGGAGACUUCAUAGACUCAUCAAAAACAAGUUUAAAUGGUGUAUUAAUACACAAUGGAAAUAUUUAUGCUUCAUUGCCUGAUGCUCAUUCAGUCCACAUGAAGGAAACUUACUAAAAUAUUGAUAUAAUUUUACAGAAAAUUAAAUAUACUGUUCAUGAUUGGAUGCUGUGUGGAGAUUUAAAAGUUUUCUCCAUGCUCCUUGGUCAGCAAAAAGGAUUUACGAAGUUUCCAUGUUUUAUAUGUGAGUGGGGCAGCAGAGCAAGGGAUCAACAUUAGUCCAAAAAACAAUGACCCGUAAGAAAAACUUUGACACCUGGCAUGAAAAAUACUUUGUAUAAAACUUUAGUAGACCCCCAAAAAAAUUCUUUUACCACCACUCUACAUAAUACUGGGCUUAAUGAAACAAUUUGUUAAAGCUUUGCCGAAAGAUGGUGAUUGUUUCAAAUAUUUGUGUAGUAAAUUUCCUCAUUUAUCAGAAGCUAAACUGAAAGAAGGGAUAUUUGUCGGGCCUGAUAUUUGUAAACUGAUGUUCGAUUCCAACUUUGAAGCAAUGAUAAAUUAAAAGGGAAAGGAGGCUUGGAUAUCAGUUAAAGAAGUCGUUACUAAGUUUUGGGCAAUGUGAAAGCCCCCUAACUAUAAAUUUAUUGUAGCUAAUAUGAUAAGUUCAAAACUCUUGGUUGUCUGAUGAGCCUUAAAAGUCCAAUUAUUGCAUAAUCAUCUUGAUUUAUCCUGAAAACUUAGGUGAUGUGAGUGAAGAGCAAGGGGAACAGUUUCAUCAGGACAUAAAAGAGAUGGAGAAACAAUACCAGGGAUGCUGGAAUUCCAAGAUGAUGGGUGAUUACUGUUGGUCACUUCACAGAGAACAACAAAAUGCAUCACAUUGAAGAAAAGGCUAUGCAAGAAAUUUUACUGAGAAGAGGGAGUAAAAAAAAAAAGCACGUAAUAUUUGCAUUCAGUUAUUUAAUUUAUUGUAAGUGGUACUUGUAACUUAAUAAAAAAAAUCAAUUAAUCAAUUUUUUUCCCUAUUUUUUUAAAUAUAUAACUGUUGUCUUAUUGGGAGUGAACCGUUGGUGAUUAAAAAAAAACAUAUACCAAAUAUGGUUUCAGCACCCAAAAAUAGAUAAAAUUUAUUUAAUUUAAGUUCAAAAAGUUUUUACAAAUUUUUUUUUGUUGGCCUGUGUUAUUUUCCCAUUAAUAAUAUUCCUGAGACUGUUGUUUACUAAAUGUGUGUCUGCCAUGAUUUUCUACUUGCGCAUACUAGUAGGCAUGAGGCAAAGUAGCCCUGAAAGUUUCUGGCUUUUCUCUCCAGAGCUGCUGUUGACAUACGGAAUAGUAUAAUAUAUACAUUGGCUGAACGUCGAGAUAAAUACAAAAUUAUGUAUGUGAAUAGCUAUUAAGGAAAGAGCAAAAUUGGUUUCUUGAUUCAUCACAUUAAUUUUUUGCAUUAUAUUUAAUGCUUUACAAGUGCUGUUGCUAUUGUGCAUGCACUAAAACAAAAAUUCACAUAAAAGAAAAAAGUGCUACUUCUUCAAAUCGUCAUGAUUUAUUGGUGUCGUUACUUGAAACCCUACAAAUCAAUCAAUUGAGUUCAAAUCUAAGUAAUACUCGAGUUCUGUCAAAACAGCUUGAAUGAGGGUGUGUUCCGAAAAAGUUGCACGUGGUGCUGCUUCGUCUAUAUUUAUAUAGCCUGGAAACACAUACACUUUAAAAUUUAAAUAAAAAGUUAAACGACUCUUAUAAAUUGAGUUACUAAAAAUUAGUGGUACGUGGCACAGAUUCUACGUAUAUCUCUUGCUGUGACAAACUAACACAUGUCCGCACGUGCACAUGUAGAUAGAGCCGGGGGAUUAUGGGUAAGGAGGGAGAUGGCAGCACAUUGGGCUCAAGUGGGUGUAGCCCUGGACUAUGUAAAAAAAAAAGUGUUCUUUGAAUUGUUUGUAUGUUAAAAAUCAUGUUAUAUAUACAUAAUGCUUGAACUUGUAUCAAUGGCUGUUGCAAUAAAUAUAUACUAUUGGUUAUUAUUGACUGAAUAAAUGUUUUUUAAUUAUCCUGGUUUUUAACAGAAAUGGGCUGAGACUCUAAAACUCUAGCUGGCUGGACAAUAUUUUUACUAUAAAUCGUUACAUAUUUGACAUGUGCAACGAGAAUAAAAUCAGUUUUAUUUUGCAAACAUUACAACGUAAUCUCAUAUAUUUUUUGUUUAGUCUUGCAAAAUAGAAGUAAAAAUUCAAGGCUGAAUUUUAAUGCCAUGUUUCAUGAAACAUUGUUGUGAAACAAUUUUGACACUAAAAUAUAAAUGGAGAAUAAGUUGCUGACGGUGCAGAGAACUCGUCUAGCCUCGUUCCCUUGAGCCGGCUCCACGUGGUGGCGUGCGGCUCAGGUUGAACCCUGUCAUGCUGCAGGGACAGGCGGGUCACCCCGGUAGGGACCCGCCUGCGCCUGACGCCACCCCGACUUAGGGAGUAUUUGGGCAGAGGGAAACACAACGGGCUUUGAGCUUAUUGUGCACCGUGCAAUGGGCCUUAUUCACAAGAAAAUGUUCUUUCAAGUACGUAUUAUUUUAAUUACUUGUGUAAAUCAGUAUUGUUAAACAGUUGUAUGAGUAUUUUUUUUUAGCUGUGUAACUAAAUAUAUUUUGCUGGUAUAAUGCUUUUCACACUUAGUUUUACAGGGUAAUUAUUUGUCAUGAAUUAUUAUUUGAUUAACUAAAUCACACACCGUAUCAUAAUGAGAGUGUAAAUGUCAAAUCCACUAAGAAUAUGCUAAUUAAAAACAAUAUGGUUAUAAUAAAAUGUAAAGAAUUACAGUUAGGUAAGUCCGUGGCAUUUAGUUUUCGCGUUGCAGAGCAAUGGACAUGUCCUUGUUCCUUUAUUCGACGGCAGAACAUUAUCAAUGUCUAUGAAUGCAUUGCAGUAUGUCUGCCUAUUGGCAGAAUCUGUUUCACUAUAACUCUAUGGUAAGGUGAUAUUUGGGGAACUACAAAAUCAAUCUAUUAUAAUGCUUUAUCACAUUGAACCUAUACAUAUGUAUUUACAUUAAAAAUAGUGUUGUGCGAGAUCUCGAACCUCGAGAAAAAUUUCGAGAAAUAUUGCAUUCCCAAACAGCGAGCGAGAAAUUAUUUUUCUCGAAUAAAAACGAGAAUUUUUUUUGGUACCGGUAACAACUCAAUUUGGUAUGGAAACUAAAUUUGAUAUUGAUAGUUGCAUUUUUAUAUGUUGAACAUUACACACACACUGCCAUUAUUUUAGUUUAAAUGUUUUAAAAAUACCAAACGCGUCUGCCUGUUUGGACGAAAAAUGAUUUGGCGGAACACAAAGCAAACAUGAUGCAAUCAUUAAGAGAUAUUAGACUAGCCGAUAGUCAACCAUCCAAAACCUCUAUCAAUAACCGAAACUGUGAAUAAAAACUGUCAUAUGAAUUUCCAAUUUAUCCUGAAAGAAAAACUGCCGUAUUUAAUUUUUAAAUUACGUAAGCGUAAUACAUAAUAAAAUACGUUCGAAACUAACCUACAAAAUUGGUUUUGUUUACAUACACGUUAUUACGGUAAAGUUAUUAAAAGCAUUACCUUUAAUUUAGUAAUAUUAUUUUGUUCGGUAAUGUAUACUGAACUGAGCAUACUGAAAUGUUGAUUAUUACGGCAAAAUACAAAAUUUACUUUUCAACAAGCAAAAGGGAAUGUUGUUCAUGCUGCCAGACCGAGUCUGCUUCGCUGUUCCGUUUCUUAUUUCAUUUCCAAUAAAAGACUGCGCAAGUCAUGUGAUUAUUAAAAGGACUGGAAUGUAAAGGAAUGGAUUGAACACGCAGAACAAUUCACGCCCUUGGCCCUUGUAUUACGUAAAAUUACGUGAAUGUGUGUGUUCAAACCCGUUGAAAAGGCAGAUAAAUAGUAUGUUCAUCCCAUUUCAUUUUCCACCUUUGUUUCACUCAGUCGUAAGACGUCACGAGUAAUGAAUCCCGCCAAAGCCUCCCUAGUAUCAAUUUCUUUGUUUUCAUUACAGUACCAGAGUUUCCCGUUUACGCGAGCUACUCUGCGGGCAUGAAUAAAUAAUGUGAGGCCUGUAAAAUGUUAUUAGGAAUAUGAGAAUAAUUUCCUAAUAUUGUUUUCUCUCUAACUGCGGCGUAAUCAAGUGGGAAAAAAAAGUGUUGCGGGAAUAUAACAGUUUAACAGAAGUAAACUUUGUUGUCAAAUUAAACUUUGAUUUUACGGUAAAAUGGAAGAUGUGGACAUUUAUCACUGUGGCAGUAUUACACAAAAAGUGGCGAUAAGUCAACGGGAACCACAAUUAACAUGUUAGCUACUAGACUUUUACCUAAGUGAGUGAAUGUUUAUUUAUAAUUUAGUGUAGGCUUACAUAACGUGUGGUGCAUGUCAGUUGUGCACAGGCAAAUAAAUUACAUUCCAUAUGAUAAACAACAGUUUUAUGUACAGAACAAUAUAUUUUGAAAGUAAUAUCUACAGUAAAUCUUGAUUUUUUAAAAAUUUCUCAUUUUCGUCUCAUUUCUCGCGAGAAAAAUAUUUUCUUUCUCAAAAAUUUCUCGAGGCCUAAAUCUCAUUCUCGCACAACUCUAAUUAAAAACAAAUUUAUUGUAAUCAAUCCUAUCUUUGAUAUUUACUAAACAAAUUUUUUUUAUGGUGUAUUUCAGCAAUGAGUAAUAUUUAAAAACUAAUCAAUAUUGAUUGAUCAAAAUUAUUGAUAACAUGAGCUGUUAUUUUCAAAUAAGUAAUUUUGAUUCACAGUUUUUAUUUGUAUUUUAAUUAAAUGUCUAAUAAAAAAAGUAAGGUUUCUUAAGAAUUUGAAAAAAGAAAGAAAAAAAACAGAAAAAACGAGCACUGUGUUAUUGUUAUUAUAAUGUAUUAAUGGUUUUUCUGAGUAAUAGUAAUAUUAUAAAUGUGAAUGAGAAUUAAAUUUAUCAAAGUUGAUUUAGAUUUUUUAAACGUGUAUGAAUUGUAGUGAGACUUGUUUUACUGCUGUAGUUUGGGUCCUGAAAAUCUGAAUAUAACAUUGCAUGGUAUGAUUUUCAAUAAUGAGUAAAAUUUAUUAAUUAAUA